AUGAGCUCCGACUACUCGUACGACGAACAGGGUCAAUUCUACCCGUUUUUCAUUUUCACGCUCUCGACCCUCGUCACACUUCCUCUCACCUACAGCCUCCUCGCCCCGAGCAAGGAUCCCGAGGCGCUUGCGCAACGCAUACGGACAGACUACAAGCCUGAGCAUGCCGACCUCGUCCAAGCCCAGCGCAAUGCACAGAAGCGCCGCCAGCGCCGCGUCAAGCGCGCGAUUGCAGCCAUUCUCGGCUGGGCCAUCAUGGCAGGCAUGAUGUACCUCAUCAUCACAACACAACGCUCCGUGCCCAAGCUCUGGAACCCGUACGAUAUCCUGGGCAUCUCCGAGUCCGCCAACGAGCAGCAGAUCAAGCGCCACUACAAGAAGCUCGGCAUCAAGUACCACCCCGACAAGAUCAGGCCCGACCCGGCCAAGAACGAGACCGUCGAGUCUCUCACUAACGCCUGGGUCGAGAUGACCAAGGCCUACCAGGCGCUGACCGACGAGGAAGUCCGUAACAACUACAUCCAGUACGGCCACCCCGACGGCAAGCAGGGUUUCAGCAUCGGCAUCGCCCUGCCCAAGUUUAUCGUUUCUGACGGCAAUGGCAAAUACGUCGUCCUCGUAUACGCUAUUCUCCUGGGUGUCCUACUCCCCUACACCGUGGGCUCCUGGUGGUACGGUGUACAGAGGAUGUCCAAGGAGGGCGUCCUGCUGGAGAGUGCCAACAUGAUGUUCCGCGAAUACAAGGAGGCCAUGGACGAGGGCGAUAUUGUCACCGCGCUGAGCGCUGGUGCUGAGUACCGCGACCACCUGAAGGGCGACAAGGCCGAGUCUGGUCUUUCGAAGAUCGAAUCUAAGAUUUCUCAGCCUGGUCAAACCACUCCCUUCGCGAGUGGAUUCGAAGAGAAGGACAAGAUCGCCCUUGAGGAUGUUGAGAGCGGCUCGCGGAGGAAGGUCUUGGGGCUCCUCUGGGCGUACCUGGGCCGUGUUGAGCUCGAAGAUCAGGCCCUCGACAGCGCCAAGUACCUGGUGGCGCCGAUUGCCAAUGCUCUUCUUCACUCUCUGACUACUAUCUCGGUCGCCUUCGGUAACGCCGGUCCGAUUAUCGCCUCGUACCUAACCAGCCAAAGGCUCAUCCAGGCUAUUCCGCCCAAGGCCUCGCCUCUGUUCCAGCUCCCUCACUUUACUCCCGCGGUUGUCAAGGCCAUCGAGGGAGACUCAAAGAAGCACGCCACUGUGCAGCAGUUCAUGUCACUACCGGACGCCCAAAGAAGGUCACUGGUUGUCGGCAAGGGCUUGUUGACGGAGGAGCAAUACACGACCGCCAUCAACGUUGCGCAGCAGCUUCCUCAUCUUCAUCUCGAGAAGGCAUUCUUCAAGGUUACUGGCGAGCGUGUUGUCACUCCCGGAUCUCUAGUGACGCUGGUCAUCAAGGGUCGCGUCGUUCCUCCUGGAAGCACGAACGUGCCCGAAAUCGACGAGCUGGAUCUGGAAGACGUUGACCCUGCGGAGGACGACCUCGAUGCUCUCCUCGGACGCAAGAAGGUCAAGGAUGAGAAUGGAAAGCUUGUGAAGAAAGACAACAAGCCAAUCCCGCCUCCUCUUACCUUUGCCCCCUACUAUGCUCGCGAUAUUACUCCCAAGUGGCACGUUUUCCUGUCGGAUAGCAAGCAAGGGAAGAUGGCUGUUCCUCCGUGCACAUUCACCGCGUUUGAUAAGCCAAUGUUUACCGAGGAUGGCAAGCCGACAUAUCACAUGCUCACCCUCAAGGCACCAGGGUUCGCGGCGCCACCACAGCCUGGAAAGUACACCUUUGUGAUGAACAUGGUGUGCGACAGUUACGUGGGCUUUGAUGCGAAGGUGGACGUCACAUUGACAGUGGAGGACGCGGCCAAGGCGGCACAGAUUCAGGCCGAGGAUGAUAUCAGCGACCCUGAAGAAGAUUCGUUGGCCGGACAAAUGAGCGCCAUGAAGGGCGGCCCGGUCAAGAAGCGGGUCGACUCUGAUGACUCUGACGAGGAAAGUGGCACAGACGAAGAGGAGGACGACACAAGCGCGACAAAUACAGACACGGAGGACGAGUCAUGA